AUGGUGGAAAACUGCGUUUCUUUCGUCACAUGGAAAUGAGAGCAUUGACAACACCCUCAUAACCAUAGUAUCUUAAGAUUUCCGAAAACAUAUUGUUGCCGCAAAGCGUACCAAAAUGACAAAAUUACAGGUUUUAAAUGUGUACUUUACGGAGCGCUUAAUGGCGGCCGCGCAGGAGAUAUUGCAGGUGGUGGAAGAGACGUUAAUGGAGUACCAGGAGGAAAGCGAUCGGGCAAAGAGAGAGAACGAGAGUCUGAGGCGGAGGCUGCGAGAAGCUGGGCUGAACGAGGAAGCAGGACGAACAAAGUCCCCUCAGUCCGCUCCUCUCCUCUCUGCGGACAGGGCCGUCUCUGAGCAACAGGAGUGGAGCUCCAGAGAGCAGGACCCAGACCCCCCACUGACUGCUGUAAAGCUGGAGUUCACCGAGCCGCAGAGGAACAGACGGGAGGAAGAGGAGGACCACAGGCAGGAGGAAGAGCUGCACUGUUCACCGGGGCUUGGCACAGGUGUGUCAGUAAUCCCGUCUCCGUUCUCCAAGCGGGACUGCGAUCAGAACUCCCUAAUCCAGCCAACAUUCCCGUCUCCGUGCGGGAAACGGGACGGCAAUCUGAAACUGCAUUUUGGGAAUGCCGGAGGAGACGAGCCUGCGCCCAGCGCGACACGUUAUGAGGUUAAAACGGAGAGCGACGGCGUGAGCUACAGCCCCUCAGACCAGCCCGCUGAGCCGCUCCCCUUUCACCUGGGACCUUUUGACGCCGCCGCGCUCCCGAGCAGAACGGACAUGAGCGUCUUCCGCGACCCCGGCGGGCAGAUGUCGGAGCUGGAGGCGCAGCUGUCCCCGGGAACGCUGGAGCGCCUGCGCGGCCAGAGCACGCACUUCUGCCCGCAGUGCGGGAAGGCCUUCCGCCACCGGUCUCAGGUGCGCAGGCACAUGCGGAUGCACACGGGGGAGAAGCCCUUCUGCUGCCCCGUGUGCGAGAAGUGCUUCAAGUACUCCGGGAACCUGAAGGAGCACCAGAUCGUGCACACCGGGGAGAAGCCGCACCGCUGCUCCGUCUGCGGCCGCUGCUUCGGGAAGCUGGCGCACCUGCAGCGGCACCUGCGCAUCCACACGGGCGAGAAGCCCUACAGGUGUCCCGUGUGCGAGCGCUGCUUCACCCAGUCCGGCGUGAUGAAGCGCCACCUGCAGGUUCACAACAGCUUCAACUACUCCAUCAUGAACGUGGUGGGAGAAACGUUGUUCGAGUACCAGGACGAAACCGAACGGACAAAGCGAGAGAACGAGAUUCUGAGACGGAGGUUGCGAGAUGUUGGGCUCGACGCGGAAGCUGGUUUUCCACAGUCCGCUCCUCUCCUCUCUGCGGACAGGGCCGUCUCUGAGCAACAGGAGUGGAGCUCCAGAGAGCAGGACCCAGACCCCCCACUGACUGCAGUAAAGCUGGAGUUCACCGAGCCGCAGAGGAACAGACGGGAGGAAGAGGAGGACCACAGGCAGGAGGAAGAGCUGCACUGUGCACCGGAGUCUGGCACAGACGGGUCAGUAAUCCCGUCUCCGUGUUCCAAGCGGGAAUGCGAUCUGGACUCCCUAAACCAGCCAACAUUCCCGUCUCCGUGCGGGAAACAGGGCAGCCAGCAGGACUCUGACAACCACCCGGAUGUUAUACUGCACAUUGGGAAUACCGAGGAACAGGAACUUGUACCCAACGUCACACAUUAUCCGGUUAAAACGGAGACUGGUGGAGUUGACUGCGACAUAUCGGAUCAUCCCGCUGAGUCGCUGUUCCUUGAUGUUUUACCGACUCAAAGUGAAAACGGUGGACGGCUCUUAAAUGCCUUUUUCGCCGAGCGAUUAAUGGCGGCCAUGCAAGAGAUUAUGCAGGUGGUGGAGGGUACGUUAAUGGAGUACCAGGAGGAAAACGAUCGGACAAAGAAGGAGAAUGAAGUCCUGCGGCGGAAACUGCGAGGGGCUGGCCUCGACAGCGAAACCGCUAACGCCGUGUCAAAGUCCGCUCCUCUCCUCUCUGCGGACAGGGCCGUCUCUGAGCAACAGGAGUGGAGCUCCAGAGGGCAGAACCCAGAUCCCCCACUGACUGCAGUAAAGCUGGAGUUCACCGAGCUGCAGAGGAACAGACGGGAGGAAGAGGAGGACCACAGGCAGGAGGAAGAGCUGCGCUGUGCACCGGAGUCUGGCGCUGACGGGUCAGUAAUCCCGUCUCCGUGCUCCAAGCGGGAAUGCGAUCCGGCCCUGGCGACGUUCCCGUCUCCGCGCGGGAAACGGGAGAGCAGGCCGGGCUCUCGGAACCAUCCGGAUCCGAAGCUGCAGAUCGGGAAUGCCGAGGAACAGGAACCCGUCCCCGACGUGGCGCAGCGUCCGGUUAAAACGGAGAGCGACAGAGUGGACUGUGACCUGUCGGUGCGGCCGGCGGAGCCGGCUCCCGGGGAGAGCUGCGGAGCGGGGAACCCCGGGGACGGGAGCGGCGCUCCGGCGUCCGAGCGGCGCUCCGAGGAAAACCCCGCUGCGCUCCCGGGCGACGCCUCGCUCUCCUGCAUUUACUGCGGGAAGGUGUUCUUCCUCCUGUCGCGGUUGAAGUCGCACCUCAGGACCCACACAGAGUACAGCUCCUAUCGGUGCGACGUGUGCGGGAAGUGCUUCAGCCAGUCGGGAAACCUGAACGUGCACCAGCGCAUCCACACCGGGAAGAAGCCUUACAGCUGCAACAUCUGCGGCAAGAGCUUUAACUACUCCGGCAAGUUUAAGGAGCACCAGCGCAUCCACACGGGGGAGCGGCCGUACCGCUGCCAUUUCUGCGGGAAAUUUUUCAGCCAGUCGGGACACUUGAAAGCGCACGUGAGGAUUCACACGGGAGAGAAGCCCUACAGGUGCCCCGUCUGUGGGUCCUGCUUCGCCCAGCUGAGUCAGAUUAAGAGGCACCUGCUCAUUCACACGCAGGAGAUCUCGAUAGGGAGCAUCAACCUGGGAGAGCUGUGCUAGUUGUUGUGCGCUGUCCGUUUUAUGUGGGACACAUACAUUAUCAAACCUCCAGAAUGCAGUGUUCAACUACGGGGCUGUCACAUAAAGGUUUACUUAUGAAUCCAUUCUUAGCACACAAAAUUACAAAAUUCUUUCCCAAAAUGUCCAGACAAAUGACACAUUUUAUUUAUGAGAAAUAUACAAUCCCCUCAAAAAGUAUCAAUUCCUUUGUUUUUCCAGUACACUGAAGACAAUCAAGUUUGAGGUCAAAAGCUGUACAUUAGAUUAGGAUCUGGAUUUCAGCUUUUAUUUCCUGGUAUUUUUAUCUAGAUUUGUUACAAGAGGUGAUAUGUUCUAAGUCUUUUAUCAGACCACCCAGUUUUUGGGUGAGCUAAAGUAUUGGAACAGGUGACUAACAGGUGUUCUUGUUGCCCAGAUGUGUCUUGUUAGAUUGAUUGGUUAAACAAUAAAUAGUUCUGAAUGUGUUCUCUUAGUUUUAGCCUUGGGGUUUGAAAAAGAAAUAAACCCCAGGUGUACUGAGCAACAGACAUCGAACAGGUCAACCAAGGAAAACAACAGCAGACACAAACAAUCUCCACAGGGCAGGGGUGAAGGUAUCUCAAUAAACCGUUCGAAGAAGACUGACAGAGCAGCAAUAUAGAGGCUAUGCCACAAGAUGCAAACCAGUCCUCAGUAGUAAGCCACAUAGAUGAGCCACAUUACAUUCUGGAACUAAGUUUUAUGGACUGAUGAGACCAAGAUUAACCUCUGCUAAAGUGGAAAAGGGAUCUGCUCGUGAUCCAAAACAUACGAGCUCAUCUGUGAAGCACGGUGGAGUAACUCAAAAUGGCAGCAGCGGGAUGAAUCCAGAAGUGUAAAGGAUGGAAGAAGGAGGAAAAGCAUUCUGUCUGCCAACUUACGGAGAAGUGCGUCCGAACUAAAUGGGAGGAAUUUCAUCUUGCAGCAAGGCAAUGACCCAAAACACACUGCCAACACGACAAAGGACUUUAUUAGGGAGAAAAAGUGGAAGGUUUUAGACUGGCCAAGUCAAUCGCCAGACCUGAACCCAAUUGAGCAUGCAUUACACCUGGAGAGGAGAUUUAAGGAAGAAAAAAACCAUGAAACAAACAGCGACUGAAAGAGGCUGCAGUAAAAGCCUGGAAAAGCAUCACAAAAGAAGAAUGCAACAGUUUGGUGAUGUCAAUGGGUCGCAGGCUUGAUGCAGUUAUUGCAAGCAGGGGAUAUGCUACCAAAUAUUAAGUGUUAAUUACUUUCAUUUACUUAAAUACUCUGUUCUGUUCCAAUACCUUUGCUCACCUAAAGAUUGGUGAGUAGUAUGUUCUAAGUAGUUUAACUCUAGAUUUAAAUACCAGGAAAUAAAAGCUGAAAUUCAGAA